UCCGGGGAGCUCACUGGCCACGCGGGGCCCGCAGUCUCACUCCAUAAUCUACGUAGCAGCGGACAGAGGUCUCGCGUUCACACUGGUCAGCCGGUGGGGAUCCGCCUGUGCCUUGGGGAGGAGGAAGGGGAAGCCCAACGCGAUUCUUUCCCACGCAGGUUCCAGCCAGAGCCGUCUGAUCUUUCUGAACUUGUCCUCCCGAGGUGGCUGUGCGUGCACAAGCUCAUUUUGAAGAUUCCUGCCGUGAGAUUCAGCCCAGCACCCUGCCGGCGAGGCCAGAGGGCCUGGGGCCGGCUGCUUCACCCGAGUCUCAGCCUCCCCAGCUUUGAAAUGGGACCAUGAUGCCCUCGAGGCUGCUCUCCGCAGGAUGGCGGGGCGCGUUGGAGGGCCUGGGGCGCUGGACUCGGUGCCCUGGGGCCGUCCUCCGCCCGCCCCUCCCGGGGCCCAGCACCCCCCAGCCGCUGUCGCUCAGCUGCGCGGACCCGGCCAAGGCACCCCCCGGGAAGAAGCCGCUCUCGGAGAAAAGACUGAAAAGACACUUCGUGGACCACCGCCGGGUGCUGGUCCGGGGCGGCCGCGGAGGCAACGGAGUGAGCUGCUUCCACAGCGAGCCCCGGAAGGAGUUCGGGGGCCCCGACGGCGGCGACGGCGGCAGCGGUGGCCACGUUGUCCUGAGAGUCGAUCGGCAGGUGAAGUCCCUGUCCUCGGUCCUGUCCCGGUACCAGGGCGCUGACGGAGAAGACGGCGGCAGCAAGAACUGCUCCGGGCGAGGCGGCGCCGUCCUCUACGUCCCGGUCCCCGUGGGCACGCUGGUGAAGGAGGGGAGCGAGGUGGUGGCCGACCUGUCCCACCCGGGGGACGAGUACCUCGCCGCCCUGGGCGGGGCCGGGGGCAAGGGCAACCGCUUCUUCCUGGCCAACGACAACCGCGCGCCCCUCACCUGCACCCCCGGGGAGCCCGGGCAGGAGCGGGUCCUCUCGCUGGAGCUCAAGACGGUGGCCCACGCCGGCAUGGUCGGGUUCCCCAACGCGGGCAAGUCCUCGCUCCUGCGGGCCAUUUCGAACGCGAAGCCCGCCGUGGCCGCCUACCCGUUCACGACCCUGAACCCCCACGUCGGCAUUGUGCACUACGAGGACCACCAGCAGGUGGCAGUGGCCGACGUGCCGGGCAUCAUCCGAGGCGCCCACCGGAACCGGGGCCUGGGGCUGGCCUUCCUCCGGCACAUCGAGCGCUGCGGCUUCCUGCUGUUCGUGCUGGACCUGGCGGCGCCGGAGCCCUGGGCCCAGCUCGAGGCCCUCAAGUUCGAGCUGGAGCAGUACCAGCCAGGCCUGUCUCGGCAGCCGCACGCCGUCGUCGCCAACAAGGUCGACCUGCCGGAGGCGCGCGCCAACCUGCCCGCGCUGCAGGCCCGCCUGGGCGGCACGGCCAUCGCCCUGUCGGCCGUCACCGGGGAGAACCUGGAGGAGCUGCUGCUGCGCCUCAAGGAGCUGCACGACGCCCACGUGGCCGCCGAGCUGGCCCGGGGCCGCCAGCCGCUCAGGUGGUAGCGCCCCGCCA